GAAGUUUGGUUGCAGUUUACCCAUGUGGGUUUCAUGUAGACUUUCCGUUAAGAGAACGAGAAUUGUAUAGUUGUAUAUUUGUAAACGGUGUAUGCCACGUGCCACCAUGUCUUCGUCGUUCUUCAUAAAACCCAAAGCAAAUACCAAAUUAAUUAAAAACAGGAAAAAUACAGUGGUGCCUAAACGAAAGAGUGAUGUAGGUUCAGAUGCAAAGAACAAAAUACGUGCGAAGAAAGCCCACAGCAAAUACGAUGAAGAGAUUUCCAGUGACUCCGAUACAGAAAGUCCUGUUGUGUCUAAGAAGAGGCAGGCCAGUGAGCACAUAAAUUACGAAGAAACUCCACAGGAGAAGAAGCUCAGAUUAGCAAAACUUUACCUCGAACAGUUAAAGGAAGAGGAGGAAAAGAAAGCUGAAGAUGACUCAUUUGAAAGUGAUCUGAUUGCGGGAAGACUCCAAGAAGAAGUGCUUGAACAGAAAGGAAAGCUCCAACGACUUAUUGCCAAGGAUCUCUUGUCCCCAGAUACUUCAGAGAUCAGGGUGUUAAGAGGACACAAACUUCCAAUCACCUGUCUGGUCAUCACACCUGAUGACAAUUGCAUCUUCUCUGCUGCCAAAGACUGCUCUAUCAUUAAAUGGGAUAUUGAGAGUGGUAAGAAAUUGUACACAAUACCUGGAGGAAGGAAAGGUACAGAAGAGCGCCAUGUUGGACACACAGCUCAUGUCCUGUGUAUGGCGAUAUCAUCAGAUGGAAAAUACUUGGCCACUGGAGACAUGAACAAGCUGAUAAUGAUUUGGGAGGCAGAAACAUGUAAACAUCUUUAUAAAUUUACAGGACACAAAGGCCCUGUGUCGGGCCUUUCUUUCAGGAAGGGAACUCAUGAUCUGUACAGCGCCUCUCAUGACCGCUCUGUCAAAGUGUGGAAUGUGGAUGAGAAUGCAUAUGUGGAAACACUCUUUGGCCAUCAAGAUUCAAUCACAGGACUGGACAGUCUAAGCCGUGAGCGCUGUGUGACUGCAGGCGGACGGGAUGGCACUGUGAGAGUGUGGAAAAUAGCUGAAGAGUCUCAGCUGGUGUUUCACGGACACAAAGGUUCAAUUGACUGCAUUCAACUCAUAAACGAGGAGCACAUGAUCUCAGGAGCAGAAGAUGGCUCAGUGUCUCUUUGGAGUGUCAACAAGAAGAAGCCUCUGAGCACGGUGCAGCAGGCUCAUGGUUGCCAUGGUGACGUAGGGCUGGAGCAGCCUCAUUGGGUGGUCUCGGUAGCGGCCCUUCAGAACUCGGAUAUUGUUGCCUCAGGUGCCUCUGGCUGCUCUCACAACUCACAGGUAAAUGUGUGGAAGUGCGGCCAUAAUUACAGAGGACUGGAGCUUCUGUUCAGCGUACCAGUGCCUGGUUUUGUGAACAGUCUGAAGUUUUCAAGCUCUGGUCAGUUCUUGGUGGCUGGAGUUGGACAGGAGCACAGGUUGGGCCGAUGGUGGAGACUGAAAGAGGCCAAAAAUGGGAUCUUUAUCAUUCCUCUUAAAAGGAAACCUUCUAAUCCAGAGGAAUCCAAGAUGACUAAUUAAUUAUUUUUCUUUUUCCAUGUGUUUAUUUUUUCUGUAAAUAAAAGAUUUAA